GUAAUGAUCUAUUUUUUCAGUACAAGUGUGUCUAUCAAAUGCUUCGUCUUUGGGGCGUGUUGGAUCUCUCUAUGAGCGUCUAUUGGUUCAGAAGGAGCCAAUCAAUAACGAAACUCUUGCUUAGAGCUUUGUGGACCACCGUCUAGAGUUUCAUAGUUGAGAAGAAACGCGACACGAGGCAACUCCUUACAUGACUGUCUGUUUGAACUCAUUGCAUGUGAUUGUAUGAGAUCCUCUGUCAUCCGUACUGAAGGUUUGAUUUCUCCCGCAAGGAUGUACACGACGGGACUGAAUCCUUUUUACGCAUCGAAUUUUAGCCUUUGGACUGCGUACUGUUCGGGUGGUUUUGGGGUGGAUACCAUGAAAAAACCCUCGUUUUGUAUCGCUGACAUUCUACACGUUGGAGAUGCCGAGAACAUACCCGGGUCAUCGGCUCUGAUGGCCCACAUUGGUGCCCGGGGGCAGGUUCAUUCGUCGGGAUCUCCGCUGCGCCCGUCCCCGGUCGCUCCGGACGCGCGACUUCACCCCGCGUCAGCGUAUCACAGGCAUGGAAUACACCUGACAUCUGUGUCCAGAGCCGCGCUUAACGCGCAAUCCGCGCCUCCGCCGUCCAGUAAAGACCUCAAGUUCGGGAUCGAUCGGAUAUUAUCCACAGACUUUGAGCCCAAAGGCAAAGAAUGCACAUCACUGCGAGAUCUCACAUCGAUUGUUAGUCCGAAUCGGCAGCAAGCAGUCCAUGUGUCUGUGCAGCCGCCCGCCAGCGUGUACUUCGCGUCCAUAGACCCGACCAUGAGUGAUACCUCCUCCGUGAUGGGUUCAAUAACCAAUGCAGCCAGACAAUCAGGGCAACAUCAGUUUCAGGACACCUUCCCAGGUAGGCCGUAUGCUGUGCUAUCCAAAGACACAAUGCCACAGACGUACAAGAGAAAAAGAUCUUGGUCAAGAGCCGUCUUCUCCAAUCUCCAGAGAAAAGGACUCGAAAAGCGUUUCGAAAUCCAGAAGUAUGUCACUAAACCGGACAGAAAACAACUGGCUGCGAUGCUUGGCCUUACAGAUGCACAGGUAAAAGUUUGGUUCCAGAACCGACGGAUGAAAUGGAGACAUUCCAAAGAAGCUCAGGCCCAGAAAGACAAAGAUAAAGAACAGCCCGACAAAUCCACGACUGAAACCGAGCAAAAAGAUCGCGACGAAUCUGAAUGCGAAAGCGAACCGAGCGAAUCCGAAUUCGAGGAUGGACCGGAUGACAAAAGUGACGUGGACAUUUGUGAACUGAACAAAGCCAGUGUGAUUAUUCCUGGACCUGUCCCGAUGAACACAGAUGACACAACAAACAUCACGACAGAGACGAGCACAGCGACACAAAUACUGCUGUGAGAAACCAUGAACCCAAAAAUCUGAUGUGAACGCCUAAGAUCACAAAUAAGACUCCGGCCUACUUGAGUCCUGGUUUCAUAUCAGUGUGAAACAAACUCUCUCAUGGAAACCACUGCCGUUCUUUAUGACGAUUUGGGAAUUUAAUAUUCAUGAAUUAAGACUGUUGAUAAACUUGAUUGUAUUAUAUUUUGUCUGUAAGUAUUUGCACUGAAAAUGUAAAUAAAAGUUUGUUACUGUUCCAAGUGGUGCAUGUAUAAAAAUGAUUCAUGCACUUUACACACAAUUCAGUUUAAAGAGAUUAAUAUAAACCAAAACUUAUUAUAAUCAUGUUAAUAGUUUGUCUAUUUGUUCACAAACCCCAAUGAACUCUUGCAAAACUAGACUUCUCUUUAAAACGUAUUACUCAAGUUAUAACCGAGACAUUUUCGCAAGAAAAACACACUCAUUUAAACUCAUUUUAUUGUGACAUUUUCUACAAAAUGGCAAAUGACAUUGCAAAUAAAUUGGGAACCUUAAAAGAGGCAAAAAACAGAAUGCAUCCGCCAUGCCAAGAAAA